UUAUAGAGGCAGACAUGCCAGCCAACCUCACCGCCUCCAGCCACAGCACGAACUACAACUUCCCAGCGCUCAUCUUCGGGAUAUUGUUGAUCAUUAUCAUCAUCUGCGGGAACGUGCUGGUGUGUCUGAGCGUUUACACGGAGAAAGCGCUGAAAACCACAACCAACUACUUCAUAGUCAGCUUGGCUGUUGCGGAUUUGUUGUUGGCUGUUCUGGUCUUACCGCUGUUCGUGUAUGCAGAGUUCCAGGAUGGGGUUUGGUCCCUCAAUAUGACCCUAUGUGAUGGACUGAUGACCAUGGAUGUGAUGCUCUGCACCGCCUCUAUAUUUAACCUCUGCGCCAUCAGCAUAGACAGGUUCAUCGCAGUCUCCAUCCCUCUUAAUUACAACCGCAAACACGUGGAUCAGCGACAGAUUGUCCUGCUUUCUGCCACAUGGAUCCUGGCCUUGGCCGUGGCCUCCCCCGUGAUGUUCGGAAUCAACAACGUCCCCAACCGGGACCACAGCGAAUGCAAGCUGGAGGACAACAACUACGUGGUGUAUUCCUCCGUCUGUUCGUUUUUCGUGCCGUGCCCCAUCAUGCUUUUGCUGUACUGCGGGAUGUUCCGGGGCCUGAGGAACUGGGAGGAGGCGCGGAAGGCCAAACUGAGGAGCAACAUGCAGGCCUGCAGAAAGCUUCAGGAGGCCGCCGCGUCCCUGCAGCCGCUGUCUGGCCUGCCGCCCCCUCUGCCACCUGUGAUCAUGAAAGAUCUGACUGACAUUACAUUAGAGGAGCUGGAGCAGGACCCUGACAGCCCGGAUCCCGUGUCCAUGCUCGCCUACCCUGGUGGGAGCUACCAUGAACAUCGAAACCAGAACCAGCAAAGGAAGAGGGCGAAAAUUAAUGGGAGGGAGAGGAAAGCAAUGAGGGUGCUUCCUGUUGUAGUAGGUGCCUUCCUGUUCUGCUGGACUCCAUUCUUCGUAGUGCACACCAUGAGGGCUCUCUGCGAAGACUGCUACAUCCCCAGCAGCGUCACUAGCAUCGUGACCUGGUUAGGCUACGUCAACAGUGCCCUCAACCCCGUCAUCUACACAGUCUUCAACACAGAGUUCAGGAAGUUCUUCCGGAAGUUCCUGCCGACUCUGCCCAACUGCUGCUAGCCGGAACACACCCUCUGCUAACAGUUUACGAACAAAACAUACCCAAAAGUAUAAAUAAACCAGACAAAUAAUGCUUACAUGUAAAUACAGCAUGUUGUAUGAAACAAAAAUGAAAGUAAGGUUAUAAUGUACUAAGAUGUUUGCUGCCAUUAUGUUUUUACUUCAUGGUUUAAUUUCGUAUGUUUACAUUUUGAGAGCUGACAUCAAACGGCCUCAUUCAUGAAAAGCAAGCAGAACGAAUUUGCAUAAAACGUUCGUAAUAUCAUUCUUUUGUAAACUGUCAUUUCAUGAAAUUCAUACAGAACUAAUUUGUGUAAAUUAAUCUUAAAAUCAUGUUUACACAGGCAGAAUGAAUUUUCGAUUCAAUUAAUUUUUUCUGUUAAUUGUUCGUAAAACAUUUUUACAUAAGUUAUGGUGUUCUUAAAGGGGUCAUAU